AGUAGCUCGACAUAUCCUUUUCUUACUGCAGAUUUACUUUAAGGUUCAUAUUCAAGUCUAUUCUGCUUUAAAUAAGAAAAGAAGACAAGAAAAGAAGUGGUUUUACUAAAAUCAUAUUAUAAUCAGAUUUUGACCAAGCAUUUUGUAAGGUUACCUGUACGCUCUGGACAUGGGACACACAGGAGCACAUUACCUGCAUCUUGCUUUCCUGAUGACAACUGUUUGCUCUUUGUUUCCUGGAACACAAGCAAACUACACCCAUCUUUGGGCUAAUACUACUGCCUGGGCUUCUAUGAGUCAAAACAACAGGGGCAGAAACCACCAUGAAAACACCGGCACAAACCCUGUCACACCUGAAGCAAGUUACAAAGAGAAUUCUACAAAGACGCUUGUCACAGCAACAUCAUCUCACCAUGUGUCUUUAACCCCUAAAUCUGAACAGGAGCUCGCCACCCCUGUCGUCAGGAACAAUGCAACAGCACAGAGCACUGAAAACACGAGCAAAAGUCCUGGUGAAAUUUUCAAAAAGGAUAUCUGUGAGGGAAACAACAGCAACAUGGCUAUGCUGAUUUGCGUGAUUAUAAUUGCAGUGCUUUUCCUAAUCUGUACCCUUCUAUUUCUGUCAACUGUGGUUCUGGCAAACAAAGUCUCAUCUCUGAAGCGAUCAAAACAAGUAGGCAAGCGCCAGCCCAGAAGCAAUGGCGAUUUUCUGGCAAGCAGUGGCCUAUGGCCUGCUGAAUCAGACACUUGGAAAAGAGCAAAACAGCUCACAGGGCCCAACCUAAUGAUGCAAUCUGCUGGAAUGCUCACAGCCACAAGGGACAGAAAAGAUGAAGAGGGAACUGAAAAACUUACUAACCAAUGGACGGUUUAGUGAAGAGAAACAUAAAGUAGCACUGAGAAAGGUUAUGGAGCAACAAAUUUGGAAGUUAAUGUCACAGUGCUGGUCUAUGACCGCUUAUUGCACAUGGAAUUUGGCAUCAAAUAGGCAUAAAGAGAUGUAUGCCUGCUUACUUAAUUGCUCCAAUUGUGUAUUUCUGUUUGACACUGAGUAUUUUAAAAAGAAAGUAAUAAACCAAGGAUUUUGAUGAAGAUUUUAAAGAUAAGAUUUUAGUAGAAAACUAAUAAAAAACAGCAAGUGGUAAUGAAGUGAAUAUUCCCUAUUCAGCACUGGUACUUAAAUGAUCUUUGUCUGAAAGAGUUUUAGUGUAUGCUUAGAGCCAAGGAGAUGUUUUAACAUCUAACAGAAAUCAUAUUCCUAAUGCAGAGUUGUGCUAUAUAAUGUAAUGGUAUCUUCUUGGUUGGAUGUGGCAGAAUCCAUACCAGCUCAUUUAUCAACUCAGUUAAUUUCAGGCAACAUGCUUUCAUCUUUACAUAUGGUACA